AAUCUCCGUACGUAUUCUCAAUCCCGCGAGAAUGAUUUUAACCUGGCGAACACUACUGAAAAGAUUGAGUUCGCGUAAUACCUACACGACAGAACCAGUCCAAAUGGAUUCGUCAAUUCUCCUAGAAUGCUAAUUACUCGCAAUUAAUAGGAUUCUCAUUUGCAUAUUUUUUCUCUCUCCUCGAAGACUGCCUUCGGAAAGUGACACGUUAUUGUUGAAAGAAGACAAUGUGAAAUGCUAAUUUCAUAUUCGUCAUAAUGUGUGUUUGUUUCCCCGCACGUGAGUGUAAUAUACCGUAAAGAGAAACCUACAGCACGCGGGGUUAUUCGGAUAUUAUAUUAUUAUAGUGGGAAAUUUAAUCAACAGAAGAUGAACUGGUUCGCAUUUUCUACAAUUUAUCUGUACAUUAUGGGAGUUUUACUGAAACACACGACAGGACUGCUGUGUGAUUGCACGACAGAAGAAUGCCUGGAGCAGGGUACCCGGAUGUGCUCGGGCACGUGGUGCUACAGCGAGACGUACGACGGUUUCGUGGAGGCUGGAUGCUCGGACCAGCGGCAGCCAUUACUGUGUGAAAACCGUCUGUCCUCCAAACUUCUACAACACAUAAUAUCUCACUGCUGCAACGAUAGAGACUUCUGCAAUAAGAACGUAAUGCCGACCCCUGCCCCGCCCCGGAGCAAAACUGAACCUAAAGACGCUGAUCAUUCACCGAAUUUGGAACGAAAUUAUGAAAACACAAAUGACGUAUUAGAAAAUACAAACAAUGACUUGUCACAUGACCCCGAUCAUACAGAUUGUCCAUGUGCACUAAAUGGACCAAGCAAAGAGAGUUCUAAGAUGUUAAAUCCUAUUUAUAUCGCAGUACCUGUGGCGGGCGUAUGUGUACUCUUGGCGUUAGUGAUAUUCGCCAUGUACUUGUUGCGCAGGCGCACUGACUACUACGAGAGGUAUAAUUAUCCUCGUAAUGUGACGGUGCCACCAUGUCACGUGAUUGGUGGAGCUAAACAAAACGCUUCUCCGUGUAAAAUAAACAGAUGCACGGACAGUGAAAGAUCGUCAGCAAGUAGUGAAACAAGACUUUUUCUCUAGGAAAUGGGCUAGAAGCACGCUUUACAUAAAAACACAUCGUUUUAUGCAGAUUCGCCGUCUACUGAUGACAUCCAUAAUGACGUAGUAGUAUAGAAACGAAAAAUGAUGACGUCUGUCAUGACGUAACAGUGUUUAUAACAUUGAAAGAGGAAUUCGGUUCCUGCUUUGAUGUGUAAUUGCUGGGGAAAAAACAACAGUAUCUUCUGUGAAAAUAGAAGUCUUAAAUUCAGCAGGAAUAUUCUCAUUGUUCAAAGAUCUCGACAUGAAGGUGACAUCAUCCAUUCUCUGUGAACACGUUCAUUUUAAACAAGAUAUAAAAUUAUAUAUCUAUGGAAGGACAUCUUGUAUGUGGGUAGUGGAUAUCAUGGGAAAAACCUGUUGGUUUUUUUUUGUCUGUAUGUGUGCUAUUUAUGUUAUGGAACGAAAGCUAUUCAAAUGUCUAAACAAAAAGGGUAGAGUGAUUUUUUAUACAAGCUUAUGGGGUGUUAUACGAAAGGUGCUAUUUUUAUGUGUUUUGUAUGAAGGGCGAAUGAAUACAUAGCCACGGGGCGGUUGUAUGUUUGAUGCUGCUUCCACUGGCACGGGAGGUAUUUUUGUAGCUGUAUGAGAAACUGCCUCAUUUUCAUUUUGCUUCAUAUUCAAGAAUCUCAUUUUAUAUAAUCUGAAGUUGACGUGUGUGCCAAAACAUCAUUCUCUUAUCUAUUUCUUACUAUCUUAUGAUCAAUGCUUUUCGAAUUGUUAAAGCUUAAUAUAUAUAUUUUUUAAAUAGUACAAAUAGUAAAUAUUCCCAUAGACAGAUCUAAGAGGACAUGUUCGACAUCUUUAGGGAAUCUUCAAAACGUUUAGAAAACCUCGAAAAAUAAAAUCACAGCUCAAAAAGAAAAAAA